CAGCAGCUCUCGGUUUUGUCGUUGAAAAGUUUAACAGAAGUUGAGCAAACUUUUCUGUGUGUUAGUACUAAUGCUGGCUCUAUGCUGACAUGGUAAUCCCCACCCCUUCCAGGCACACACACAUGCUCAGUCAUAUCACACAUCUUCUAAGCAAACCGGAGGCUAGAAAGAGAUUUCUGGUUGCCGUCCCUCUUCUUCUAUAUAAGGCUGAAAAACAAGACUACAGCCCUAGGAGACACCAACUGCAAAGAACAAGGGAAAACCACAAACUUCAGUCACCUAAGCCAAACUUGUGUAAUCUGGAGUGGGUUGAAAGGCAAGAAUCGGCGUGGAUCUGCUACACGAGAGAGCAGUGUUAUGAUCUGAAAAAGACAUAUGCCGGGGACACACAAGGGGAUAAAGAACAGGGUAAAGUACGAGAGAAUGAAAUGCAAACAGGACAGACAGACUGAUAUAUAGAGUACUAUAAGAAAAGAUGAAGUUCUGCAGGGCUGGACUUUUCACUGGGCUCUGGAUGCUGUUCCUGCUGUCUUAUAUAUGUCAUCCUGCUGUAGCUGACGACGAGCCAUCCUGCCAAGGAGCCUUCGAUCUGUACUUUGUGCUGGACAAGUCUGGGAGUGUGGCUAAUAACUGGCCAGAGAUCUAUAAAUUUGUGGAGACGCUCACAGAAAGGUUUGCAAGUCCAAGAAUGAGAAUGUCAUUCAUCGUGUUCUCUACACAGGCAAUUAGAAUUAUGGAAUUGACAGGAGACAGAGAUCGGAUAAAGAAAGGACUAACAGAUCUGUAUAAUGUAAAGCCGGCUGGUGAAACAUACAUGCACGAAGGCUUUCAGCUAGCAAAUGAGGAAAUUCAAAAAGCCAGUAGAGGAAGUACUGCUUCUAUAAUCAUUGCUCUGACUGAUGGUAAGCUGGCUGACCAGAUUCCUCGGUUGACAAAAAUUGAGGCUAACAAAGCUCGAGGAAUGGGAGCAAGAGUUUACUGUGUUGGAGUUCUGGAUUUCAAGUAUGACCAGCUGAUAGACAUUGCUGACUCAGAAGAACAUGUGUUUCCUGUUGAAGGUGGAUUUAAAGCUUUGGGAGGGAUCAUUAAUUCAAUAUUAAAGAAGUCAUGCACCGAAAUUUUGACUGUGGAUCCAUCAUCCGUCUGUGUUGGUGAUGAGUUUCAAGUUGUCCUGAGAGGGAAUGGAUUUUUAUUUGGACGAAACAUAGACACUGUCGUGUGUUCUUACCAUGUGAAUGAGACAACAAUCCAUGGAAAGCCACUUACUGUGGAAGCUAAGAAUAUGAUUUGCCCAAUCUCAGUACUUCAUGAAGUUGGACAAACCAUGGAAGUUUGGGUGAGCGUGAACAAUGGAAAGACUGCUCUUACAAGCCCUAAGAUAAUCACUGCUACCAGCUGUUCCAGUGGCUUCGUUGCUUUCCUCGCAAUACUUAUUAUGUUGCUCAUUAUUGCUCUGGUCUUAUUUUGGUGGUUUUGGCCCCUCUGCUGCAAAGUGGUUAUCAAAGAUCCUCCCCCACCACCACCACCAGCACCUGUUGAGGAGGACCCUGAAGAAAUACUGCCCAACAAGAAAUGGCCUACAGUGGAUGCCAGUUACUAUGGUGGACGUGGUGUUGGUGGUAUUAAGAGAAUGGAGGUGCGUUGGGGAGAUAAAGGUUCUACUGAAGAAGGGGCAAGAUUAGAGAAAGCCAGAAAUGCUGUUGUGACAAUGCCAGAGGAAGAGGAAAUGCCUAUGCAACCAACAUCUAAGAAAUCUAAACCUACCUCACCAGUAUCUCAGACAAAGUGGUACACUCCAAUCAAGGGACGACUUGAUGCACUGUGGGCCCUUUUACGAAGACAAUAUGACCGUGUAUCACUGAUGCGACCUCAACAAGGAGAUGAGGGUCGCUGCAUUAACUUCUCCAGAGUACCAAAUUAAAUGAAGAAAAAAUUCCUUUUUUGCUUUAAACCAAGAAUACGUGAAAAAUUUGAAAAAGACUUCACACGGAAUGUUGUGUCCAACCCUGGGAAUCACCUCUGACAACUGUUUUCCACCAGCAUUUUAUGCUUUCGUUUGUACGGUUACUCAGCAUAAUAAUGCAGCCUUAGUAGGAAAAGGGGAAAAAAACAAUGCAUUACAAACAGCGAUCAGCGAGAAAAAAAUCAGCAAGACGUCAACCACAUAGUUAUGGCCAAUGGACAUUGUAGCCGCAACAUUUCUGUGUUUGGAGAAGCAAAACUGUUGGGACGUGAAGCCAAUGUUUCGAUUCAAAUAGGAACUUUAGGCCAAAAGCAGAGGAAAUUAUUCCCAGCAGGUCAAACAAGUGCAACAGUUCAUUGGCUCAUAGCAAUGUCAUGGAACAAAAUCUUUUCCUAUACCCCCAUCUCUGAGUGCCUUACGGGUAUCUUCUGACUAAUAAUCUUGCCAUUGUAACACUGAGAAAUGCACACGCAUGACAGAAUGUAGACAGGAUGCCUGGAGGUACUGGUAGGCAGUAAAGAUUUUGCCUUUUCAGUUCUGAAGACACCUUUCUUUCAUUAUGCACUGGAGACAGGAGGGAAAUUAAUAGAGCGUUAGUUUGCAGGAAGACAGCCUUAAACCAGAGAUCUAGAGCUAAGUUUGAGGGACUGAUGCAUCAAGACCUUGACACUGUGGCUGCUAGUUCACAUAUCCCUUCACUGUCUGCAAAGUUCAGUAGCGCAUGAAGUAUUAUUGGCUGUAUAUGUACCUUGUAGUCAUAUUCUUCUGUAUGAUAUUGAGAUAUAUAUAUAUAUAUUUUUUUUUUU